AGAACAGCUAAUACAACAGGAGUUCAACAUUCAAAGACAGGGCGUUUUCAGAACAAGACUAUUCUUGUAACUUGGAUUGCGGGUGGCCUGAUUCUAAAUUGUGUCAGUGUUCAGGACAGGAUGCUUGCACGAUUGCUCACUGGUUGCUCUAAGACUGGCUGUUCAGGGACCGCCUGCAAAUGAUACGUGUCAUCCACAUCCACAGACAAAGCUCUCUGGGAAAGAGAGUCCACGCGCUAAAUAAUUCAAGUCCGUUCUCUUCGCUGUGAACAAGAUGCCGGCCGUCCAUACACUGCUUUUAGAAGAGGCUUUGCAGGACAGUCCUCAGACUCGCUCCUUGCUCAGUGUGUUUGAGGAAGAUGCAGGGACGCUCACAGACUACACCAACCAGCUGCUUCAGUCCAUGCAGAGGGUGUAUGGAGCCCAGAGUGAGAUGGGAUUGGCUACAGAACAGCUGUCCAGACAGCUACUGGAAUAUGAGAAGCAAAAUUUUGCCCUUGGUAAAGGUGACGAGGAGGUGAUCAGCACACUGCAGCAAUUUGCAAAAACUGUGGGGGAGCUGAACACACUACACUCAGAGCUGGCCACUCAGAUGGCUGACAGGAUGAUCUUUCCCAUGAUCCAGUUCAGAGAGAAGGACCUUACAGAGAUAAGCACAUUGAGAGAAAUAUUUGGCAUCGCUUCUGAUGAGCACGAGGCUGCCAUGGUCAAGUACAGCAGACUGCCCAAGAAGAAGGAGAAUGAGAAGGUGAAAGCAGAGUUGGUGGGGGAGGUGGCCUACUCCAGGAGGAAGCAGCACCAGGCCUCCAUGCAGUAUUACUGUGCCCUCAACGCCCUGCAGUACCGCAAGAGAGUGGCCAUGCUGGAGCCCAUGCUAGGUUACACACAGGCCCAGAUCAACUUCUAUAAGAAAGGCAUAGAUCUAGUUUCAAAGAAAAUGGACAGCUUCCUGGCCUCAGUGUCCAGCAUGACACAAAAUAUCCAGGCUCAGUUGGACUCGGAGGCUGAGGCCAUGCGUAUGACCCAGAGAGAGCUUCUCUCCAUGGAGGACACGGUCUACAUGCCUGACCGCGACCCCGCCCCUGUCAACCGCACGCUCAUACAGAAGGCAGGCUACCUCAACAUCAGGAAUAAGACGGGCCUAGUCACCACAGCCUGGGACCGGCUUUACUUCUUCACCCAGGGAGGGAACCUCAUGUGCCAGCCGCGAGGGGCAGUGGCAGGGGGUAUGGUGCUGGACCUGGAUAACAGCUCUGUCAUGGCCGUAGAGUGCGAGGACAGACGCUACUGUUUUCAGAUCACCUCCCCCAACGGUAAAACGUCAAUGAUUUUACAAGCAGAGAGCAAAAGGGAAUAUGAGGAAUGGAUUUGCACUUUGAACAAUAUUUCCCGACAGAUCUACCUGACUGACAACCCUGAGGCAGUGGCCAUCAGACUGAACCAGACAGCCAUUCAGGCGGUCACUCCCAUCACCAGCUUUGAGAAGAGAGGAGAGGGCUCGCCCAACCCAGACAGGGCUAAGCCAGGUGGGAUGCAGUCCUCUAGCGGUGCGUCCCAGAAGACCUCCAGUGCUCCUGAGCCAGAGGACCUGAUAGUUCCCGGGACACCCAUCCAGUUUGACAUCAUGCUGCCUGCAUCGGAGUUCCAGGACCAGAACAGGACCGGAGGGAGGCGUACAAACCCUUUCGGAGAAACAGACGAUGACUGCUCCCCUGAAAGCGACGACUCCCUGCUGCAGCAGGUGUUUGCGGUGCGGUUCCUGGGCUCCAUGGCAGUGCGUUCGGGACAAUCCCAGGAGGUGAUCUAUGAGGCCAUGAGACAGGUGCUGGCGGCCAGAGCCAUCCACAACAUCUUCAAAACCACAGAGUCCCAUCUCAUGGUCACCAGCAGUAGUCUCAGGUUGAUUGACCCCCAGACACAAGUCACAAGAAUCAGUUUCCAGCUACAGGAGGUGACCCAGUUUGCGGCCCACCAGGAGAACGGCAGGCUGAUGGGCUUCGUGGUGGAGGGGCGAGACUGGAGCGAGGGGGACGAGGAGGGAGAGCCCUCCUUUAGUGCAUUUGUCUUCGAGAGCAACACAGAGGGGGAGAAGAUAUGUUACACAAUAAGCUUGGGGAAGGAUAUUAUAGAGGCAAAGAAGGACCCAGAGGCUCUAGCCCAGCUGUUGAAGAACAUGCCUCUGACCAACGAGGGCAAGUUCCUCCUGCUGAACAGCGAGACGGGCAACACGGCUAACGGAGGAGCACCGGAUGAGGAGGAGUCUGAGGCCUAGCCAGGCCCAGUGGAGGGUUUGAGGUUCCCCCACCAAGCACGUCCUCAUGUGGGGUUGAGGUGUUCUCAUGAGCCCUUCCCCUGGCUCUAGUCUGGUACUACCUGUUCACCACUUGACCAGAAAAAAACCCUGGGUCUAUAUGGUGUAUAUCUUAUGACCACUAGAGUGAGGUAAAGGUACAGGUACUUAUACAAAGGGACAAUGUUUAGGUUUAAUAUUUCAUUAAUUCACUCCUUUUCACUGGUGGAAUUAAUAUCCUCAGCCACCCUGUCAGUUUAAACUGGGACCUCCAACACUAAUACAUUUACAUUUCAUAACUUUGAGUUUAGUGGUACCAUUGUGUCUGUGCUGCUGUAUAAGUAUUGUGUUGAGAUGGAUGGCCAUGACAUCUUACUUUUCAGCAGCACUUAAUGACAUUAUUAUCUAUCAUUCCUAUAGGACAAUAUUGCACACCCAAGGUUUCUAUUUAAUCAAAGGCUUGAUUUCUGUAGUAGAAUGCACUAACGUCAGAUAUUGUCCGGCAGCAUUCUGAAGUAAGGUGUUAGGCCUCGAUUAAAUCAGAUCGAGCAUUAACCCACGUUGGCCGACAUCCGCAUAGCGUGUUGGAUAACUUGGAACGCGGCUGCAUAACGCGGCUGCAUGGGAUUUGUCAGAUAUAAAGUCAGGUGUGGCGUUGUUGCAUCCAAUGGCAGUGUCUGCGCUAAGGUAACGCAAGGAGACGCUUGUGGAUUUGACAGCUGUAACGCAGUUCCACCUCAGACGCAGUCAAAACAUGUGCUAUGCAGAUGUCGGCUAGCGCAGAUCUGAUAGAAUUAAGGGCUAGAUUCUAUUGGCUUCAUAGAAUCUGCAAAUCUAAACAAAACACUAAAGGCAAAGGGGAAACACAUGCAUUGCAUUUUCCUUCGCACAGGCAUUGCAUUCCUGCGUGUGUAUUCUCUUAGCCCUGAUAACCUGCAAUACUAAAUGUCAUGUAUGUGCGGUUUCUGAAGGUGAGAUGUUUUUGUAUUGUGGAAUAAUAACGGUAAUAGGUCAAAGCUCGACUUUGCGUGGACCGCGAGGUCAUUCAGUGUUGACCAAGGUGUUUGCUUGCAUGCCGAGAUGAUGAAAACAGCUUUUACAGAGUUUUGUCUGAGUGUAGGUGAGUUUUUCUUAGUCGGUCAGUUCCCUCCUUUUCCCUCAAGGGCUUUCAUGACAUUCUGUUUAAAUGGCUGUGUCUAUAGACAGAGUGGGUUUUGCAUUCCUGCAUUGUUUACUCACUAAACCAUGAAGGAGUCAUUUUAGGGGCAAAUCCUAAUUUCUACGUAAAUCUAAUUUUUACUUAGUCAUGCAUUGAUGUCGAUGGGAGACGAAGGGAACAUUUGACUUAAAUGGAAGUUAGGAUUCGCCCCCUAGAGAGGAUCCAUCUUCUUUAAUCGUCCUUAGUGUAUGCCCUUCAUGUUGCUGUAACUCCCCUCUACUUUCUAAGUAAAAUGCACUGUCAGGGAAAAUAUACACAAGCCAUCUGGAAAAUGGACAAAAAGUGGCAAGUGCAUUGCUCUCCUUUCCUGGAAUUUCUCUUUUGUAAAUUACCUUUGGUUGUAUAUGACAGUAUGUUCACUUCCCAUAAGGCUUUACACUCCAUUUCCUAAAAGGAAAUGUUAACAUGCAAUCUUUAAUAAAUAUAAGUUACAUUUU